ACGGAUAUACUACAAAGUUUGGUUUGUGUUUGUUUGCAUGCCCCGUGUGGUUUCAAUCGCAUAACGCUUUCGUAGAUUUGAUACAGCAGGCAUGCGAUAGUUUUCCAGUUCGACGAAACGUUUUCUUUUAUAUAGGGGAUUUACGAAGAUCACUGACAUAAAAUGGCGAUUAAACGAGGUGAUGGGCCUCCACCAAGGCCGAGAAGGCACCACUAUCUGGAAAAUGUUCAUACCAAGACAUUUACACCAAUGGAGUACCAGGUUGAGCUUUUGGACACAGCCAAGCGACAAAAUUCCAUAGUUUUCUUAUCAACGGGAAAAACAUUCAUGGUGGUUAUGCUGAUAAAGGAGCUUGCAUACCAAGUCAGAAAGAGCUUGGCUGAAGGCGGCAAACGGGUAGUCAUACUUGUGGAAUCAGCAAAAUCUGUGGAAAGUCACGUCAAAAUGAUGGAAGAUUACACAGAUCUCAAGGCCUCUCGUUUCCCUGUUGCACUCGAAGAUUUUGAAGUCACGUUCUCCGAGAACCAUGUCCUCGUGAUGACUUACAACAUUUUUCCGACCCUCUUCGAUGACAGGAAGGUCGUGAAGCUAGUGAAUCUUGUAGUGGUAGAUGAGUGUGACAGCGCGCUGCAAGAUGCCCGCUUUACGGCUUCGUUGAAGUGCCUGCACGAGUUGAUUGAUGACGGAAGCAUGCGUGUCCUAGCCAUCUCUCCUCAGCUGUGGAGAAAGAAGCAGAAACCGGCACUGCUCGAGGCUCAGGUCCAGGAGUUGGAAAAAAGUUUUGCUAGUCGAGCAUGCACAGCGAGCGAGCUGACGGCGAUCAGCAAGUAUGGGAGCCAGCCAAAGGAAGUGGUGAUCGUCUACGAAGGACUUCAUUGGGAAUCUGAGGCAUUCCAGACAUCGCUACGUCUGCUAGACGAAACACUAGGGUUUCUGUGGGAAGCGGAGGCCCGUGUUGCUGAAGGGGAAGCAUUAAGACAAGCCCAGCGUUAUCUGGCUGAGCUCUGUCACACCCUCGUCUCUCUGGGGCCCUGGUGCGGAAGAGAAGUAGCCGAGCAGUUCCUCGGAGAAGUGGCGCGGUCCGUCGACUCUCUCACUUCGGCUCCGAGCUGGUCCAGGGUAGCACUGUUGAUGGUGCACACUGUGUUGCAGCAGGUUUCACGACUGUCUGCAGAAAUGGUUGAAGAGUUCAAUUUUGCACCAAGUGUAGACAGUCAUCAACCAUCUCAACUGCUGCACCUUCUGGACAUUCUGAAGGAAUACAAGCCUCCUCCUCCUCCUGAAGUGCCGCAACCUCCUCCAGAGUGCAAAGGACCCGGGAAACCUCCACCUAACGAAAACGCAACUAACGCAGUAGAUGGCGAUCAUGUCGAAGUCCAGAAACGGGCUAAUGACGGUAUUCCGGCGGUCAACACCGUGGCUCGCCAGACGACGCGCUUCGACGUACCGGACGACCCCAACACCCUCUGCGGGAUGGUAUUUGUGCGACAGAGGAUCACGGCCUACGUCCUUAGCCAGUGGUUGUCCGAACUGGCAACCAGGAAGCCGGACGAGUACGGCUUUCUCACCCCAAAUUUUCUUGUCGGCAAAGGAUCCGUCGGCCAGACGGUGCUUGGGCUUCAGAGGCAGGAAGAAGUGUUGCAGAAGUUUAGGUCCCGGGAAUGCAACCUUCUGGUCGCCACGGCAACCGUCGGGGAAGGCAUCGAGGUUCCAAGAUGCAACCUUGUAGUGAGAUUCGACCCCCCGGAAAGUCUUCAUGCCUACAUGCAUUCCAAGGGGAAGGCUAAGGCAGCCAAUUCACGUUUUUACGUCAUGGUUCCACGGAGAGAGAGCGCCCGAUUCUUGCAAGACCUGCACGACUGUCAUGUCACAGAAGAGAUCUUGCUGAAGCGAAGUCACGAAGAUGACACUACUCUACACGAGGUUGUCGAUCCAGCUUAUGCAGACAGCCUGCUACCUCUGUACAAACCUCUAGAAGCACCAGAGGCCCCGAAAGUUACUAUGUCGACAGCGAUUGCACUAGUCAACAGGUACUGCGCAAAACUUCCAAGUGACACAUUCACCCGGCUUACUCCCACCUGCUGUGUGACCGAGAUUCGGAUAGACAGCUACACAUCGCCGUCCUACUGUUGUUCAUUGCGCCUGCCCAUCAACUCCCCUCUGAAGCACUGCGUUGUGGGUGAAGUGAUGCCAGGCAAACUUCUUGCCAAGCAGGCUGCAGCACUCAGGGCCUGCCAAGAGCUUCACAAAAUUGGUGAACUGGAUGACAACCUGUUACCCCAGGGGAAAGAAGCGAUGCGAAACACGACUGAAAACAGGUUUCCAGACGAGGAAGUGCCCCCAGGAGCGCCGCGGCCAGGUACCACGAAGAGGAGGCAGUACUAUGACAAAAGGGUGUCCGAUGUGCUGAAAGGCGGAUUUCCCAGGACAGACCUCCGCUGUCACCUGUACUCUUUCACCAUGAAGCUGACCUGUCCAAUUCCUGAAGAGCAGAACACACGUGGGCGAAAGAUUCACGAUCCGGCAGACACCUCCCGUGGUUUCGGACUUAUCACCUCAAAACCUGUGCCGCCUGUAUGUGGUUUCCCAGUCUUCACACGCUCGGGUGAGGUGACCGUGAAACUGGAGCAUUUGGUGACCAACCUAGAGCUCACCGAAGACCAACUUUGCGACCUGAUGACGUUCCACCGGUACACGUUCACGGAUGUCCUACGGCUCGAGAAAUAUCCCAUGACGUUCAAUCCCAAGCACGACUCUUGUUCGUUCCUGGUUGUCCCAGUGAACACAGCGGGCUGCAACGAGCCCGGCUGGCAGCCAAUCGACUGGCCGUUUGUCAGACGCAUCUGUCAGGAGCGCAACUUUGCCCCACGGCGCGUCCCUGAGGCGGAACGUGAACUGUUUAAUUUCAGGGAAGAGGACUAUCUAGACACGGUGGUGAUGCCCUGGUACCGAAAUCUAGACAAACCGCAGUUCUUUUACGUGGCUGAGAUCUGCCAAGAUCUAUACCCCUGCAGCGACUUUCCAGACGCGGGUUUCGAGACGUUCGACGCGUAUUACAGGGAGAAAUAUGACAUCCGCGUCAUGAACGAGAAACAGCCGCUCCUGGACGUGGACCACACGUCUGCGCGGCUUAACCUUCUAACCCCGCGCUACGUGAACAGGAAAGGUGUGACAUUGCCCACGUGCAGCGAACAGACGAAACGGGCUAAGCGGGAAAACCUUCAACAGAAGCAGAUCCUGGUCCCUGAGCUGUGUCUCAUUCACCCGUUUCCGGCAUCUCUGUGGCGAAAAGCGGUUUGCUUGCCCUGUGUACUUUACAGGUUAAACUCUCUGCUUCUUGCGGAGCACCUUCGCCUAGUAGUUGCCCGUGACAUCAAAGUUGGAAUGCCGCAACUGCCGCAAGACUUUGAAUGGCCGACACUGGACUUUGGUUGGACACUUGCUGAGGUGCUCCAGAAGGCACAAGAGGCAGCUAAGGCUGAAGAGGAGAGACAGGCGGCAAUUUUGGAACGCACCGGUAUCCAACCGGUGAUGAUGCCGCCCUCAACAGGUGGUGCGACUGGCAUGUGGGGUGCACCUCCGCCAACCUUCAACGCUGACGAUCUCGUCAUUGACACGUUUGAUCCCUCAAAAGUCGAGAUCCCAGACGACGAUCAGCUAGCAGACGCAGAAAUCGAACAGAUAACCAGUGUGUCGGGACCAAACUUUGAUUGGAAACCCCUUCCCAAACUACCUGGCGAGCCCACACCCGUUCCCAGGAUACGUUACGGAUCUCCCAGUAACUUCGAAGCUGAGGGCUGGGAUUCCGAGUGGGACGUGGAGGGAUCGUUCGUCGAGCUCGACAUUCCGGGGCUCGGCUACAUAUCGGGACCCGGGAUGUUCAACAUGCAGGGACUUUCUUUGGACCUCGCGACGCGGCGCGACGAUGACGACGACAUAUGGGACAGCUUUGACGAAGAUGAGGAGGAAGGGUCCGAACUCGGACGGUCGGAGUGGAGCCGCUCCCCCGACCCGGAAGGUGGAGAAGAAGGCGUUGAUGGAGAGCAGUCGGGCGGAAAGCAGAAAGAAGAAGAACAGACAAACUGGCUCUCGCAGUGUAGCACAACCGAGAAGGCCAAAGAGGUUCAAAAAGAAGAGAAGAAAGAAGUCGUGACCCACGUGGAUCCAAAGAUCGAAGAGUGGGUGGCAGAAGUUCGAGAGAAAUGUGUGCGGAACCUCGAAGUGAUGCAGAAGGAAGGUCACGCGGAGACGGAAGUGUGGAGUGCAAAGUAUAAUAGGGUCGCGGAAGCUCUACGUCGCAUCGCGGAGCACAUGGAAGAGAGAACGGACAAACACGCGGAGGAGCCUCCGGCACCUCCGAUCCGUCCCGCAAAGACAGCGGGAGAGAAAAAUGGACUCGCAUUCGGUGAACUCCUUCCUGAUCGUGACAAGGUUCAGGCGAGUGACGCGAGCGCAUUCAGAGUCCAUUUCGAUGAUCAGCCCGACCUCCAGAACCAUGCCGGACCCAGUCCGAGCGUGCUGCUCCAGGCAUUGACAAUGUCCAACGCUAACGACGGGAUCAACCUGGAACGCCUCGAAACCGUAGGUGACUCUUUUCUAAAAUAUGCGGUCACGGCACAUCUUUACUGUGCCCACCCCAGCGUCCACGAAGGAAAACUGUCUCAUCUGCGCAGCAGGCAGAUCAGCAACCUCAACCUGUAUCGCCUGGGACGCAUGCGCGAACUGGGAGGCCUGAUGGUGGCGACGAAAUUUGAGCCCAGCGACAAUUGGUUACCCCCCGGAUACAUCGUUCCACCAGGGCUGGAGCAGGCACUGAUAGACUCUGGGCUUCCCGCUGGACAUUGGAACAUCGGUGCCAUUACGGACCUCACGAACAUGAAUGAGGCUCAGAUACGCCAGACGCUUGCGGAACGCCAGAGCCGUGUCCGGAACCUGGAGGAAGUCUUGGCGGAAGAAGGUGUCAUCGACUCUGAUCCCUACGUGCCCUACAAUCUCCUCACCCAACACAGUAUUCCGGAUAAAAGCAUUGCAGAUUGCGUGGAAGCCCUCAUCGGAGCGUACCUGGUUUCUUGCGGACCGCGCGCUGCGUUGCUGUUCAUGUCUUGGCUCGGAUUGGAAGUCCUUCCGAACGGGCGUGCAAAGGAGGUGGCAGACGAUCUCAGCGUCCCACUCUAUGGUCCCCUGGAACUCCCCCUCGUCGACCCGAAUGGUGUUUCUGCUCUUGAGGAACUACUUUCUGGUUACGAUGCAUUUGAGAGGCGCAUCGCUUACAACUUCCGCGAUAGAGCUUAUCUCCUACAGGCAUUCACACACGCAUCGUAUCACUAUAAUAGGCUGACGGACUGUUAUCAGCGUCUAGAAUUUUUAGGUGAUGCAGUGUUGGACUAUUUGAUCACUAGGCACCUGUACGAGGAUCCCCAGAGACACUCACCUGGAACGCUGACAGACUUGAGGUCGGCGCUUGUGAACAAUACGUUCUUUGCCUCGCUGGCAGUGAAGUACGAUUUCCAUCGCUACUUCAAGAAUGUGUCACCAGGGUUGUUUGCUGUGAUUCAGCGGUUUGUGGAAAUGAAGAGGCACAGUGAUGGUGACUUCCCGUAUCAUGAGAAAUACUAUUUGGAGGAAGAAGAGUGUGAAGAAGCUGAAGAGGUGGAAGUCCCCAAGGCUCUAGGUGACAUAUUCGAAUCUGUCGCCGGCGCCAUCUACCUCGACAGUGGCAUGUCAUUGGACACAGUUUGGCAGGUGUACUAUGCCAUGAUGAAGCCUGAAAUAGAAUACUUCAGCACCCACGUGCCUAAAUCUCCCAUACGAGAGCUGUUGGAGCUUGAGCCGCAGACAGCCAAGUUUGAGCGUGCCGAAAUGACCCUAUCAGGGAAAGUCCGCAUCCGAGUGGAAGUAUUUGGCAAGGGCCGGUUUGUAGGCGUCGGUCGUAACAAGCGCAUAGCCAAGUGUACGGCAGCCAAGAGAGCACUGCGAGCACUAAAACAAAUGCAAAAGGACAAGAUGGCUGCCCUCUAGUGUCGACCAGCAGUCACUCCCAGAAGAGGAUGUCUAUAGGAUUGCACAGACUGCAGUGGAUGCUGCCAAGUCAUCAACCAAGAAGCGUUUGCCUCUACAUGCAUGUUGCACAUUCUACACAUCCUUUAGGGAAAUUGUGAUGACUUGAACUGGUUGCAAAGUUGCUUACAAGAUGAUGACAAUAAGGCAGGUUUUUACAUAAGUUAUUUGGAAGCAGAAACAGAUCCACAUACUCAACAUUAACUUGUGGACAGUAAUCAUGAAUUUAUAAUAAGUAAUGAAAAGCCUUGUGUUUGGAAAGUUUUGUGAAUUUGGAGUACAAAAGAUUAUUUCCAGCAGUUGCUGCUGUAGUGUAAUUGUUAUCCAUAGCAUUUUUAUGGCACAGAUUAUUUAUGACAAUCUUGGCGAUUCUUCCACAAUUAUGUUCUCAGAUGGUACGAUGAUUUUUGCAGCUGAAAUGUGAUUCAUGAUUUUGUUAUGUCUGAUGUUGCCAAAUAUGACAGCUGUGGCAUAGUUUUAAUGUAUUUUACUUUGUUGUUUGUAUAUAUAAAAGUAUAUUGUGUUCUAAUGGAAUAAAUUUUUCUUUUCCAUA